AUGAGUACUAUUGUGAGCUUGAACAGGAGUGAUGCUGAAAAGGACCCAGAAGUCAAGGUGCCUUUGAACAGAUCAAAUUAUGCAGUGGCUAGUGGCCGAGAUCUUUCACAGAUGGAAGUGCUGGAUAAGGAAUAUCAGGCUAUCCAGAAUGGCUAUCAUCUAGAGAAAAACACCCAGAGGGGAGACAGACCACAUUCUGCGCCAAUUUCAACCCAGCAUCAACUGAGUUUAGUAAAUACUGUCAAGAAUGUUGAAUUUGCAACUGCAAUGGUAUCCCAACCCUAUGGCGAUAGGCCGGCCCUUCAGGCGGUACAACCUGCAGAUACAGGAAUCCGCUUUACGAAGCGGAUUGAUGCAAGCCAAAAGUCCCCUUCGAGCCAUGAUCGUGAAAAGGACAAAGUCCUCAAACUGUCUCCUGCAAAAAUUCAUGAACUCACCUCUUCACCACAAUCUAUACCCCUACAUUCCAUCCCGCUAGAGCCAGACAAAGAACAGCGAACUUCAGGUUCUCCAAUACCCUCAGAUCCAUUAACUAUCGGCGCAAGCCCAGACACGUCGACGGGUGUACGGGUUGUGAAUGGUUCUUCAAAACGAAUAAAAUCUCCCAGGCGCAAACUGAGCGCUGGCAAAAAUGUCCAUUUAGAGGAUGCUCCCGACUUUCUCACCUCACAUCAAAUCGCCCGUCCAUUCUCUUCUCGUCGGAAGUGCAACUCUGCCCGAGCUGUCUCAGUCACUGACGGCUUCCAGAACCGGCGAUCCUCCCCAAGGCCGGACCGUAUUGACACCGCUAGAAGUCGUGUAUCUUCCUCAUCGGCGCCAGAUCUAUUCUCUUCUCCCGUACCCCAAUCCAUCCCACUUCCUCCCUUCUCUAUUUCCACAUAUCUCCAGCUAGAACUGGCCUCUGAUCGGCCCUCGCCAUUAUACAUUCACCGCCCCACCAAGAACGAUUUCCCUUACGAGUCCUCGAGCGCGAAACUUGAACGGCUUCAAAACUUUUUCCUUCUACCACCUGCGCUAGAGCGGGUUCUUUUCUUUGGUACUCUUGCAUGUAUCGACGCGUGGCUUUAUUACUUUACGAUCCUGCCAUUGCGAUUUCUCAAGUCUAUUUUUCUUCUUCUUCGGUCUUGGGCUAUCAAUGUUGGAGCCGAGGCGCAGUUCAUUUCGCGAUUUAUUAUUGCCGGACUUGGUAGGGUAUGGCGGCGGAGACACCAAGGGAAGCCCGCUGUUCCUGGGAACGCACACGAUCAAAAUAUCAAAUUGGGCUCUACUCAGUCGCGGCCUGAGCUUUCGAAUAGUGUUUCUACAGAUCAAGACAGCCCCUUCCUUGACGAUGAUGUUAAGAAUCGGGCGUCUGAAAAUGAUCGGCGAACCCAGGUGGCUUCCAGCCGAGGCCAUCGCAGGGUUAGGUCUAUUCCCUCGACACUUUUGCCCAACGAUAAGGCCGAUAUUUUGAAGGGAUUCCUCAUGAUUUGCACGUGCCUGAUUCUAAUGUAUUUCGAUGCCAGCCGGGUGUAUCACUGGAUUCGCGGUCAAGCCGCUAUUAAACUUUACGUUAUUUAUAAUGUACUUGAGGUUGGCGACAGACUUCUAUCAGCCAUUGGCCAGGACGUCCUCGAAUGUCUAUUUUCACGCGAAGCUCUUGAGAGAAAACCCGAUGGCCGCAGCAAGAUUCUCCGCCCACUUUGGCUGUUUAUCAUCGCGCUGAUAUAUACCGUUAUACAUUCUGCCGCACUUUUCUAUCAGGUCAUCACACUUAAUGUGGCGGUGAAUUCUUAUUCAAAUGCACUGAUUACUCUCCUAUUGUCGAACCAAUUUGUAGAAAUUAAAUCCACCGUCUUCAAAAAAUUCGAAAAGGAGAAUCUCUUCCAACUCACCUGUGCCGACGUGGUUGAGCGGUUUCAACUCUGGUUGAUGCUUACAAUUAUUGCGUCUCGAAAUAUUGUUGAAACUGGUAUCUUUAGCUUUGGCAGUGGUUUGAGCCUAUUUGCUGGUAGCAAGCCGGCUGCGAACGCGAAUGCUACAUCAGUUUUCAACACCCAGCGAGCCACAUCAUCCAUUCUUCCACAAGCCUUCACCAUCCUCCCAUCAUCUCUCCUCUCCUCGCUUAGCAAAUUGGAUAUGAACAAUACCCGUCCCGCGAUGUACGGCCGAUUCCUUGACAUACUAGCCAAGGACUACUAUACAAACGCCUUCGCAGAUCAGAAUCUUAACCGCCGCUUAGGUCUUCCUGUCAUUCCGCUCGCUUGCCUCUUCUUCCGCGUCUCCAUCCAAACAUACCAGAUGUUCCUAACCUCCUGGUUGCCACAGACACAAUCCUUCGUCGCGCCGUCAAACACCACGUCCCUGACGUCAAUCCACGACCAUUACUCCCCAUCCCCGUCACCCUCUCCCCCGUUUAUUCUCCCCCUCUACCCUCUCGAUGCCAGCCUCUUCACUAAAGUCUCCUCACUAUUCCAAACGAUGGUAGCCCACACCACCCCGUCUCCUGCAUCCUUCAUCACAAUUUUCACCAUCAUCCUCGUCCUCAUCUUAUACCUCACCCUCCUCUUCACAAAACUCAUCCUCAGCAUAAUCCUUCUCAGCUACGCCCGCGCCCGCUAUAAGAAAAUGAAAUCCCGAGAACGGCAGAUAUCCACGAACCCCACCUCGUCCAAACUAUCAGCAAAACAAUCCACCGCGACUAUAUCAACACCAACACCAGCACCAGCACCACAGCGAGAACCCUCCAACUCCCAAGCUACAACAGCGUCGAAUCCUGACUUCGUCGAGGGUGCUCGCCGCGUUGGCGGUUGGGGUGCUGUGGAGGUGGGUGAGGAUCGUAGACGGUGGAUAUAUGCCGAUGACCCAGAAGGCGCAAGGCGAUUAAGAGAAAAAGAGGAGCUGGAUAGAGUUGGGAAGCCUAGUGGUAGUGCUGGAGGUGAUGGGAUUGAAAAGGUGAUGAGAUAUGAGAUGGCGGCGAAGAGGAUUUGGUGA